AUGGGCAAAAUUUUCCAACUCAUGGAUUGGAAAGAAGGUGGACCUGCCCUCCACACCAUUGUGCUGGAGCGAUUUCCACAACUAAGGCUACCUUGCGAACAACACACUAAUCGAAUCAUACAAUUUUCAUAUCAAGUGCUACUUGAUACUUUGGUCAUCCUUGCCACCAAAACUCCCUAUGACGUCACUGCAUCAGAUAGAUCAAUUGUGGAGAUGGAGGCAAAGCUAGAAACAUAUGAACUUGCAUUAGAUCAGUUUCAUGAGCAAAGAGCAGAAGCAAAGGAAUGGCUUGAAGCAAUUGAUUCUCAGUUGGGUGGGUCUCUUGGAAGAUCACAAGAAAUCGGUUCUCAAGAUGGAAGGGUAGACAUCGCAAGGCACUAUGACUUGCCAUUAGAUGAAGGAAAAGGAGGAAGAGCACCUGAAGAUAUUGUGCUUCCAACCCAUCACUUUAGUGCUCAUUUUAUAUCUUCGAUACAGAGAACGACGCCGCUUCAGUGCUUCAGUUCUUCUUCUUCCGUUCCUGGAGUCCUCUUCUGCUGUGUCUUCAGGCUCUGCAGUUCUGCGCUUAUUCCCCAAACCCCAAAUUCUCCUGUUCCCUCGCCCUCGUGCUCCUCAGCUCCUCACCGUUGUGCUCCUCAGCUGGUCACCGUUGUUCACUGCUGCUUCGUUCUUGGCCAGAAACGGUGCAUAGAGUCUCAGAAAACUUUUUCCAUGAGAGCAAUAAGCUCAUUACGAUCAUUGUGUUCAAAUUUGAACUUUCGAGUUUCGCAAACUCAAAUUUCACAUCUCUCAGACAUCUCCAAUUCAUCUAAGCUUCACCGGCUUCAAAAUGCCCAAGAAAUUGCAAAUGAGCAGCCAGAAACUACUCGAUUUGAUGCGCUUUUCAAGGACAUUACGGAGAUUUUUGGUGCUAAUGACCUGAUUCCUGGUGAUACCUUGUCUGAAAUAUUGAAAUCUGGGAAAGCUCAUGGUGGUGAAGAAGAUUCUAAAGUUAACUCAGCUUGUAGUCAGAAUGUUUGUACAAAUGUCAAAGAGAAUACAUUGCAGAGGAAAGAGAAUAUUAUGGUUCUAAGCAAAGCCCAGUUAGGAAAUUUGGAUGAAGAUGAUGUGAGCCGAGUAGUCGGUGAGAUCACAAGAAUUGUUCGGGUGGAAAAUGAAUUGGCUUCCAUGGAAGAAAAGUUAGAUAAUUUGAACUAUGUGAUGAAACAAGAGAUUGUCGAAAAAGUGCUGAAAAGGUGCUUCAAGGUGCCGUACCUGGCUAUGAAAUUUUUUGAAUGGGUGAAACUCAAGGAUGGCUUUAGUUACACAACUCAGAUUUACAAUACCAUGUUGAACAUUGCUGGAGAGGCAAAAGAGUUUAGGUUGGUUGAAAAGUUGCUGCAGGAAAUGGACAAUUAUUCUCUUAACAAGGACAUUCGUACGUGGACCAUUCUCAUGUCCCAGUAUGGGAAGGCAAAUCGAAUUAGCGAAGCAUUGCUGGCCUUCAAAAAUAUGAAAAAAUCUGGUUGUGAACCAGAUGCUACUGCCUAUAAAGCAAUAAUAAGUUCACUUUGUACUGCUGGAAAAGGAGAACUUGCCUUGGAGUUCUAUAAGGACACGGUAGAUAAGGAUUUGGUGCUUGAUAUUGGAGUGUAUAAGAUGCUAAUGAACUGCAUGGCAAGAUUAGGAGAUAUUAUGGCUGUUCGUUUGGUUGGAAAUGACAUGACAAGGUUAUCUCUGCUUUCAGAAAAUAAUGUAUAUGGUUGUGUGUUGAAGAGCUUUUGCAAUUUUGGGAGAAUUAAAGAAGCUUUAGAAUUGAUCCGUGAGCUCAAAAACAAGGAUUUUGCCCUUGAACACGAAUAUUUCAAGACCUUGGUCAGAGGGCUAUGUAAGGCUGACAGAAUCACUGAUGCUUUGGAAAUGGUUGAAAUUAUGGCAAGAAAGGGAAAUAUUGACCACGAAGUUCAUGGGAUCAUCAUAAAUGAAUAUUUACUGCGAAAUCAGGUUCAGAAGGCACUAGAUGCAUUUCAAAGUAUGAAAGAAACUGGCCAUGCUCCUCCAAUUUCCACAUACACAAGACUGAUGCAGCGUUUAUUCAGGUUGAAUCGUUAUGAAGAAGCCUGCAAGCUGUAUGAUGAGAUGCUGGGAAGAGGAAUGAAGCUUGAUAUUGUUGCCAUCACAGCUAUGGUUGCCGGUCAUGUUUCCAAUAAUUGUAUAUCUGAAGCAUGGAAACUCUUCAAGAGUAUGGAAUACCAGGGCUUCAAGCCCACUUGGAAAUCAUAUUCGGUAUUUAUCAAGGAGCUUUGCAAGGCUUCAAAGACAGACGACAUUGUUAAAUUAUUAAAUGAAAUGAUGGCUUCAAAGGUUGUAAUUGGAGAUGAAAUAUUCAAUUGGGUUAUGACUUAUUUGGAGAAGAAGGGGGAGCUUGGGGUGAAAGAGAAAGUUCAACAGAUGUAUAGAGCUUCUAAACUUGAUCCCCAGACAUGUGAUGAAUCUGGAGAACAGUCAUCAGUAAAAACUAAGCUCAGCAUGGAUGUGAUACAUCACCAACAAAAGCCAGAAAAAGUGGAUUCCUCCUUAGUAAAUCCACAAGUUGAUAUUCACACAGAGCAGGAUGUUCAAGGACUUUCUAAGAUUCUUUCGUCUUCCAUGGAUUGGUCCUUGAUCAAAGAAAAAUUAGAGAAAAGCACCAUUAAAUUCACCCCAGCACUUGUUUUGAAGAUCUUGAACAAUUGCAACAUCCAUGGUAGCAAUGGACUAAAAUUUUUCUCUUGGGUGGGAAAGCAAGUUGGUUAUAGACACACUACAGAAACUUACAACAUGGCAAUCAAAAUUGCAGGAAGCGGGAAAGAUUUCAAGCACAUGCGCAGCCUAUUCUUUGAGAUGAGAAGAAACUCUUAUGCGAUAACGUCAGAUACAUGGACUAUUAUGAUAAUGCUUUAUGGACGAACGGGCUUGACACAGAUUUCUGUGGAUUGCUUUCAAGAGAUGAAAGCUAGUGGUUAUAGCCCAAAUGGGAGUACAUACAAGUGUUUGAUUAUUGCCCUUUGUGAGAAGAAAGGUAGGAAGGUUGAUCAGGCAAUCAAAAUCUACAAGGAGAUGAUUUCUGCAGGAUGUGUUCCUGACCAAGAACUGAUUCAGACUUACCUUGGUUGUUUAUGUGAAGUUGGCAAAAUAUCGGAUGCUCGAGGAUGCACAGAUUCUCUUAAAAAAGUUGGCUACACAAUUCCCCUCAGCCAUGCCUUGUUAAUUCGGGCUCUCUGCCGAGCCGGAAGAGUAGAAGAAGCGUUGAAAGUGGCCAAUGAAGUCGUAAAAGAGAAAUCUACCAUAGAUCAAUUAACCUGUGGAAGCAUUGUCCAUGGUCUAUUACGCAUGGGAAGGUUAGAAGAGGCAAUAACAAAGGUGGAUUCCAUGAAGGAAGCAGGCAUAAGACCUACCUUCCAUGUUUAUACAUCCAUGAUGGUUCAUUUCUUUAAAGAGAAACAAAUAGGAAAGGCUAUAGAAGCUUUUGAGGAAAUGCGAAGGUCUGGUUAUGAACCAACACUUGUUACAUAUUCAGCCCUUAUACGUGGUUACAUGAAUGUUGGGAAGGUUACUGAUGCAUGGAAUAUCUUCUACCGUAUGAAAUGUAAAGGUCCAUUUCCAGAUUUUGAAACAUAUUCCAUGUUCCUUACUUGUCUUUGUAAGGUUGGUAGAUCUGAAGAAGGCCUGAAGCUAGUAUACGAAAUGCUAGAUAGUGGGAUUGUUCCUAGCACCAUCAAUUUUCGAACUGUAUUUUAUGGGUUGAACAGGGAAGGCAAACAAGAUUUAGCUCGGGUUGUAUUGCAGAAAAAGUGGGAAUUGAUAAGAAAGCGCAAGAUUUAGCUUAAUUU